UGAAGUAUUCCAGAAGAAAAUAAUACAAAAGGAGGAGGAUGAAGAUGAUGAUUUCUUCUGUGAAGUCACUUUAAUCCCUCCGGAACUUGUUGCUUGUGUGGAACUGCUCUUCUCAGAGGACCAACAGUGUGGAGGUUUCCAGAUGAAGCCUGUGAAGAAAGAAGAACCUGAAGAUACAGAUGAACUCAAAAUUUCAGGUGAAGGAACCUCGAUCCCUGAGGAACACCUCACCCCAGUGGACCAACAGUGUGGAGGUUUCCAGAUGAAGCCUGUGAAGAAGGAAGAAGCUGAAGAUAAAGAUGAACUCAAACUGAACAAGGAUUUCUGCUGCCAAACGUCCUCUGGUACUGUCAGCAUUAACACGUCUCUCAGUCACACACAGGAAGAAGGAAACGUCUGCUCACAGUGUGGGAGGAGCUUCAGGUACCAGUGUCGUCUCAAAAUACACCAGCACAUUCACACUGGAAAAAAACCAUAUCAGUGCUCACAAUGUAAGAAGAGUUUUAAUUCACAGAGUAAGCUCAAAAUCCACCAGCGCAUUCACACUGGAGAGAAACCGUAUCAGUGCUCACAGUGUGGAAAGAGUUUUAAGACAAAGACUGAGCUCAAAGUACACCAGCGCAUUCACAGUGGAGAGAAACCGUAUCAGUGCUCACAGUGUGGGAAGAGCUUCAAGUGCCUGAGUGCUCUCAAGAUACACCAGCGCAAUCACACAGGAGAGAAACCGUAUCAGUGCUCACAGUGUGGAAAGAGCUUCAGGACCCAGGGUGCUCUCACACCUCACCAGCGCAUUCACACUGGAGAGAAACCAUAUCAGUGCUCACAGUGUGGAAAGAGUUUUAAUCAACAGAGUGCUUUCAAAAGACACCAGCACAUUCACACUGGAGAGAGACCGUAUCAGUGCUCACAGUGUGGGAAGAGUUUUAAUCAACAGAGUGCUUUCAAAAGACACCAGCACAUUCACACUGGAGAGAAACCAUAUCAGUGCUUACAGUGUGGAAAGAGUUUUAAUAUAAAGAGUGAGCUUAAAAUACACCAGCGCAUUCACAGUGGAGAGAAACAUUAUCUGCAUCCGGAAUCAGAUACUAACAGAGUCUGUACUAGAUUUUAAUCAGCAGAGUUUGUGCUGUUAAUACAGUUCAUGUGGUAAAUGUUUACUGUUUGUUUAAGAGUUGUUUGGUAACUGAUGAUGAUUCAUAGCAGCGGUUCGUGCACGAGAAUGUAGUGGAGCCUCGUGAAGUUAAUUUCAUGCCUUUGGAUGCAUUGUGGGUAUGUUUAUUUGUUAAUAGACG